AUGCAGGAAAUUUUAUACGAGGUUAUCGAAAAAAGCGAGUCGUAUAAAUUUAUUCGGAUGGCCGAUGACCUUCACGAUGUGGCUUCAUAUCUGAAUGACAUGCGAAUUUGCUUCAUCGCGCUCACUAUUACAGGAUACGUCGUGCUUGUAAUAUACCUCUUCGUCUUCUGCUUCCGCCGCAGCCGUCGCAACCAGCCGAGACGUCGCAACUGGGACUAUCAGCUUGAGAGUCAACGAGACUUCAACAAUACCCAACAAGCUGGAGAAGACAUGCUUACAACUGUUCGGACUGAUACAAAUAGUAGUAGCUACAUGGGAAGAAAUCACCACAGGUCACAUCAGAAUAUAGCGCCAACCUUCAUGCGGCACGGUCACAUGAACCAUCAACAGACGACACGACUCGUGGCGGACAACGACGGAUCGGCGGUGAAACACCAAAUUCCGCACAUUACAACGGAGGCUCCAACUGAGGAUAAAGCAAAGGUCCCACAAUUGGUCAAAGACUCAAUUGAUAGCUAA